UUUGAUACCCUCCACUGGAUUCAAGCUGUCAUGGCUGCCUUAAGCGUCAUGGGAUCCAGCUCGAUGAUUGGCUAUGCCGUGUUCCAGAAUGCUGCCAGAUCCCCGGAGGUGCGGCCUCUCUUCUACCUGAGUGUCUCUGACCUCUGCCUGGGAAUGUGCUGGCUCGUUGGGGCGCUCCUGUAUGGCAACGAGACCCCAGAGGCAGGCCUGGGGAACGCCUGCUAUAACCUGCAGACCAUGGGACAGGUCUUCUAUGUUGCAUCUUUCCUGUAUACUGUCAAUUAUACCUGGCAUCUUUAUGUGGACCUGAAGGUGAAAUACAACCAGAGCCGAUUCAGCCACUCCUCCCAGAUAUUCAGCUACAUGAAUCACAUUGGCCGAAUAGCAAUAAUUUUAUCUAGCUUAAUCCCUCUCCUGUUAAUGGCUCCUGUGUUUGGUUUUGGCAACCACAACGAAUGUUAUCAGAACUUCACCAUGAAACACAAGUGCCUUCUGAUGCACACAGAAAACCACCUGUCACCCACUGGUCACCAGCAUUCCCCCUGCUCGGUGAUCUAUUUAUACAGCAUCGGAGUCUUCCUGGUCUUCUUUUUGGCCAGCUUUGUAGCUAUCCUGGUCCUGCUUAUCCACGCCAGAGCUUUGUACAAGAGAUCUGUCAACUUGACAGGUUACUUGGGCGAUCAACAGUGGGCGAUGAUAAAGAUGGUCGAGCAGCGGGUGGUUCUGUACCCCAUCGUGUUUUUCUGCUGCUGGGGCCCAGCCUUUAUCCUUGGAAUAGUCAAACUGACCCCUUUGGAAAACACAAGUAGAUUGUACAUGGUUCUUUACGUUUUAGAGGCCCUCACUGCCUCUUCCCAGGGUCUGCUGAACUGCGCAGUUUACGGCUGGACCCAGCACAUGUUCCGAUGCAUGAAACGCAAAGCGUGCAGAGACGUUGACACGCAGACGCCGCUGCUGCGCUCCCAAAAGAGGUUCUACGCCAGCGCGCACCCCGCCAACUCCCGAGAAGCAGCCAAGCCCCCCUCCACGGGGUUGUGA